AUGGCGCCAAAGAGGGAGCUGUCCGAAUCCAGAGCAGAAAGGUCUGACGAUGCUAAGUCCACAGCGAGCAGUCCAGAGAGAUUUCCAUCUCCCGCGCCGGCCAACCCGCCUAUUCCCUCAACUUCGUUUAUCCAGCAACUCGCAUAUGCGGAGCGCUCAUAUCGCUCAAGCGACGCAACAUUCGAGACCGCAGAUAGCAUGCCCCCGUGCAUCAAUUGCAUCGCCGAGUUCCAUUAUGACAUCCUGGAAAUGUCGUGCGAUGUGACACCAGAUCAUUCAGGGAAAUGGAUGUGCAUCGCUGCAAAGCUUUGGGCUGCAAACCUUCGGAUUCGUGCCUUUGUCAAAGCCAACCAUCUGGCCGGAGUCAAGACCCAACGUCGAGCGGACGCCCUCAGAGAUAAAUACGGGAAACUGCGCACGUCUCUGGACCACAUCAGUGACAUGAAUACUAGGUUCGGGAAGCUCGCCAACCGCGCCUAUGAAAACACUGCAUCCGAAGACAAGGACGGCGUGUCGUCUGUCCUGUACGAGCUGCGGUUACAAACGCGCAUAUUAGCUACCAAUACGGCGCUUCUGGCCAAAAUGGUGCCAAGAAAGCCUAGCAUGGUAUGGGAAAACGAACUCUCAGACCAUGUCUUGCUGGCCUAUCUCAUUUGCGUCCGUCGCGGCGAGCAGUUCCCCAACCGCCCAAAAGACCUGGCUGCUGUUUAA